UAAUAAAGUAAUACUUUAAUUGUAAACAUAUUUUAUAAAAGUUUUUUGUGAUCAUAAAUUUCAAAAAUAAUGAACUUCCUGACGGCAAACACAUUCAACGUCAUCAUGGACUUGAGUUCUGAAGAAGAAGAAAUUAUAAAUUUAAAAAAAGAAAUUAUAAAAUUAAAAGAAAAUUUAAAACGGAAAGAAGAAAAUAGAACACGAAGAAAACAUUUAGAAGAGAUGAAUACUUCGCAAUCUGAAGAGAAUGCAUGUUCCUCAAAAAAGCCGACAGAUCCAAUACAAACAGAAGGUAGUUCAUUCAAACAACUUUUAGCAUUUUGGAAUAAUCAGCAAAUUAAAGAAAGUACCAAAGAACAUACACAUCAAAAGAAGCAGAUUCGUGAAGAAAAGGAUGGAAAAGUAAGGGAAGCUUUUUCGAAAGAACAGACAGAUCUAAUAGCAAUAGAAGACACUACAAACAAGCAAGCUGCUCUAUCUGAAGACAGUCAUCAAAUUAAGGGAAAUACCCAAGAAAAUAUAGUUCCAGGGAACUGGGCUGGACGAGAAACAGAUGGCGAAAGAAAUAAAACUACGUCGGAUAAGCUUUUUGAAAAACGAGCAGGAACCACCGACAAGGGAAAAAAAUACGAAGAUUUGGUUACCGCUAAAGUCGCACUACAAUUGGUAAGCGACAGUGAAAUAAGAGAUUUCUGCAUUUCUUCGAACGAUAAAAAUUUUGGUGAUUUUGAUGACGUGGUUAUUGAAAUUGAGACGGAUAGCGGAAUAAAAACAAAGGCACUGCAAUUGAAACACAGUAACGAAAAAAGACAAUUGUAUAUAAAGCAGCUGGCAAACAAAAAGGGAGAUUUUAGUUUAAUCAAAUAUUUCAAAUCUGCUCAAGAGGUUCAAGACGAAGUGCAAGAAUUUAUAUUAUUUACCACAAAUACAUUUAAAACUUCGGAAGAAACGAAAUUUAAACUAGAAGGGGAAGAGUUUUACGUGAAGGUCAGUAAAAAGACAGUUUCAGGAGACGAUUUCGACGUUUUAAGAAUUUCUGAAAAUAUAAAUUAUUAUCAUACAUUUCACAUAGUAGAGGACGAAUGGACUAAACAAAAUCCUGAAAAAAUUCAGCAGUACCAAACAUUUUUCGAGUGCUUUCGUCUUUACACAAACCAAGAACGUUUUGAAGCUCUUACAAAAUCAACAAUGGAUAAAUUUACUGAGAUGUUUUGCUCUAAUGAAGAAACUUUCAAGAAAUACUUCGACAUGAUAUCGGAAUGGAGUUUGAAAGAAAAAGAAAAAGAAAAACUAAACAAAAGAAUGAUGCAACAUGCAAUAGCACUUCGUUUGCUUUCAUCUCAGAUCGAACCAUUUGUUUUUGGUUCAGUCACAGACGAAAUGAAAAUACUUCGGGAGGCUAUUUGUCUGUUCGACAUUACGUUGUUGGGAAAAAAAGGCAGCAACGCAGUUAAAAAUUUGUGGGGAGAUUUGAACCAAAACAUUGACCUCAAAGAACUAAACAAAGUUCGAUCACUUUAUUCUCUUUCUUCAAAUUACAUAAGUGGUGUCGAAAAUCUGGAUGCAAAUUUGUUGACACAGUUGCUUUGGCUGAUGGAGAAAUGUCCACUCAUUGUGAAAGAACACGAAAAUAUGGAGAAAGCUAUUAAACUUUGUCCAGAUGCAAAAUUUAUUAUACUUGGCGAAGGAAAAUAUAAAGAAUGGAUGAAAAAACGAUUUGUCUUUCAAAACUUACCCAACUUGAAAUCAAAAGGCGAAUUGUAUGAAAAAGUAUUGCAAAAUUUCACCAUUUCUAUACAAGGAAAAGAAGCAAUUAAGUUAGUGACCGCUUUCGACAAAAAUGAAGAAAUUUUCAAACAUGUUACUGUGGAAAAACUUUUAGAGAUGGCAAAUGGUCCAUGGCAUAUAGAUGGACAAAAGGAAGUUUUUCCCAAUCUCUAUAUCGAUAGAUAUUUGUCAGUCAAUAUUAUAGACAUUAAAUAUUUAGAACAUGUUAAUCGAAAGACUGUUAUCAUUUUAAAUUGCGAAGGUUAUUCUCAGCAAUUGAAAAUAUCUAAAAAGUAUACUCUAACAGACAUCGAGGGUUUUUUAAGUAAUACAGACCCCAAAAUUUUUGAUAAACCAAUUUUUAUAAGGAGCGAAAAAAAUUGCAGUGAUUCUGAUUUUCAAAUAAUAUGUUCUAAAACAGCAGAAUCCACAACUGUGCACUAUUUUAAAUUUCUCAACGAUCAAAAUUUAGAAUGGAUUGGAAGCAAAGGCUCAGUUAAUGAACUGCGAAAAUAUAAAUUACGUAGUCGUUCCAAAAACGAAAACGAAAUUUGGUCUUCCGAAUUCAGCAACAACAUACAUCUAAUAACAGGUGACCCAGGAAUGGGCAAAACCGAGUUAACGAAGAGUCUAAAAAACAACUGUUGUGCGAGAUAUUGGACCGUGAUUCUGAGUGCUCAAGAUGUUAUGUCUUUCUUUAAAAAUUCAGCAAAGUCUAAAAAAUCACACUUAGAACUAUUCGAAACAUUUAUUUUAAACGAAAAAUAUCGACAUCACGCUGGACUCGAUCGAGAAUUUUUUAAAAUGUGUUUAAAGCAACGCAAUGUGGUUUAUGUAUGGGACGCUCUUGAUGAAAUAUUUACUCGCUAUUUAAAUUCUACUUUAGAUCUCAUUCUUAUGUUUUCACAAAAAGAUUGCAUUCAGUGGGUUACUGCAAGGCAACAUUUGAGAUCUUCUCUAGAAGAAAAAUUUGAUACCCUGUCCGUGGGUAUCAAUCAGCUCAGCGAAGUCGAGCAAGAGGACUACAUUAAGAAACGUCUUAACAAUUUUAUUAAGCCUGUAGAUGUGAAACCAGUCAUCGACAAAAUUAAAUCCACGUUUGCAUUUACAAAACAUAUAGAUAUAUUGGGAAUCCCCCUUCAAAUUUUUAUGCUUACAGACGUAUUACUUAAAAACAAGGAAAACUAUUUAGACUUAUUAAACAAUAAAUUUCUCCUGACUGACAUGUACCGGUAUUUUAUUGAAGGAAAAUUUAAGUUUUUCUACGGAGAUAAAGUGCCCGUAAACAAUGAUUAUUGGGAAGAAGAAGUAAAGAAAAAGAAGGAAGAGAAAUUAAAACAGUAUGAAAAGUUGGCGCUCAAAGUAAUAUUUCCUGAAGAUGUUUUGAAACAAUUAAAUAUAGAUUAUUCGCAAAAGAUAGAUUCUGUUUCUGAAGAUUUCGCAACUGUCGGUAUCGUGACUGGACUACAAAACGGCAUACCGCAAUUUGCACAUGCUUCCUUUGCCGAAUAUUUUGUUGCCUUAUAUUUUUCUAGAAAUUUUAAAAUGAUACACAGGUACAUAUUUUUUGAUGCGAAGUAUAAUAACGUACGUUUCUUCUUCGACAUGUUAACUGGCACAAAUUCACCGGUCCACAUUGCGAUUUUAUAUAGAAAUUUUGAUGAAGUGGAGAACUUUGACGACAAAAUAAUAAAACGUAAAGAUGAGUGUGGAAGAAGUGCCUUACACCUCAUUUGUUCUUGGGGACGAAGACAAGGGCGUAUAAAUGUACACACCGAAUCUAGCGGUUACGUUAUUGAGGCAACUAGGGAGAUAAUGAGUAGUUCAUUAGAAACGAAAGAAUAUUUUAAAGCGUUAUCGUUUUUGUUAGAUAAUUGUGAAAUAUUAGAACAAGAUCUUUUACAUAAAAUCACACCCUUAGCAUGGGCACAAGAAAGUGAUAGUUUGGGAGCUGAACUGGAAUUAUUGCAAUCAUGCAAAUUACAACUGAAAGAUUCGUAUAGUCGAAUAGACAAAAUUAAUAUUUUAUUUUUUGCCGCUUUGCACGGAUACGCAGAAGCGUUUAAAAUAUUAUUUUCAUCUUCGAGUAGUUCUAAUAAUGAAGUAAAUUUUAGUGUUGAAUUCGAUGGUAGUACGCCUCUUAUAAUAGCUUCUCGAGAGGGGCACGAAACAGUUGUUGAGUACUUGGUCAAAUACGGAGCCGAAAUCAAUCGCAUUAAUAAAUAUGGUGAGACACCGCUUUACGCAGCUUCCUCUCGAGGUCACGAAAAAAUUGUCGAAUUCCUGGUGAAAUGCGGAGCCGAAAUCAAUCGCGUAUAUAUUUAUGGUGGGACACCGCUUCACGCAGCUUCCUCUCGAGGUCACGAAAAAAUUGUCGAAUUCCUGGUGAAAUGCGGAGCCGAAAUCAAUCGCGUAUAUAUUUAUGGUGGGACACCGCUUUACGCAGCUUCCUCUCAAGCUCACGAAAAAAUUGUCGAAUUCCUGGUGAAAUGCGGAGCCGAAAUCAAUCACGCUCUUGAAGAUGGUCUGACACCGCUUUACGCAGCUUCCUCUCGAGGUUACGAAAAAAUUGUCGAAUUCCUGGUGAAAUGCGGAGCCGAAAUCAAUCGCGCUGAUAAAAAUGGUCGGACACCGCUUUACGCAGCUUCCUCUCAAGGUCACGAAAAAAUUGUCGAAUUCCUGGUGAAAUGCGGAGCCGAAAUCAAUCGCGCUGAUAAAAAUGGUUUGACACCGCUUUACGCAGCUUCCUCUCGAGGUCACGAAAAAAUUGUCGAAUGCCUGGUGAAAUGCGGAGCCGAAAUCAAUCGCGCUGAUAAAAAUGGUCGGACACCGCUUUACGCAGCUUCCUCUCAAGGUCACGGAAAAAUUGUCGAAUGCUUGGUGAAAUGCGGAGCCGAAAUCAAUCGCGCUAAUAAAGAUGGUGAGACACCGCUUUACGCAACUUCCUCUCAAGGUCACGAAAAAAUUGUCGAAUUCCUGGUGAAAUGCGGAGCCGAAAUCAAUCGCGCUGAUAAAGAUGGUCGGACACCGCUUUACGCAGCUUCCUCUCAAGGUCACGAAAAAAUUGUCGAAUGCCUGGUGAAAUGCGGAGCCGAAAUCAAUCGCGCUAAUAAAGAUGGUGAGACACCGCUUUACGCAACUUCCUCUCAAGGUCACGAAAAAAUUGUCGAAUUCCUGGUGAAAUGCGGAGCCGAAAUCAAUCGCGCUGAUAAAGAUGGUCGGACACCGCUUUACGCAGCUUCCUCUCAAGGUCACGAAAAAAUUGUCGAAUACCUGGUGAAAUGCGGAGCCGAAAUCAAUCGCGCUGAUGAAGAUGGGAACACACCGCUUUACGCAGCUUCCUCCCAAGGUCACGAAAAAAUUGUCGAAUGCCUGGUGAAAUGCGGAGCCGAAAUCAAUAGCCCUAAUAAAUAUGGUCGGACACCGCUUUACGCAGCUUCCUCUGAAGGUCACGAAAAAAUUGUCGAAUACCUGGUGAAAUGCGGAGCCGAAAUCAAUCGCGCUGAUGAAGAUGGGAACACACCGCUUUACGCAGCUUCCUCCCAAGGUCACGAAAAAAUUGUCGAAUGCCUGGUGAAAUGCGGAGCCGAAAUCAAUAGCCCUAAUAAAUAUGGUCGGACACCGCUUUACGUAGCUUCCUUUGAAGGUCACGAAAGAAUUGUCGAAUGCCUGGUGGAAUGCGGAGCCGAAAUCAAUCGCGCUGAUGAAGAUGGUCGGACACCGCUUUACCUAGCUUCCUCUCAAGGUCACGAAAAAAUUGUCGAAUUCCUGGUGAAAUGCGGAGCCAAAAUCAAUCGCGCUGAUGAAGAUGGGAACACACCCCUUCACGAAGCUUCCUCUCGAGGUCACGAAAAAAUUGUCGUAUGGCUGGUGAAAUGGGGAGCCGAAAUCAAUGGCGCUGAUAAAGAUGGUCGGACACCGCUUUACCUAGCUUCCUCUCAAGGUCACGAAAAAAUUGUCGAAUUCCUGGUGAAAUGCGGAGCCGAAAUCAAUCGCGUUGAUGAAGAUGGGAACACAUCGCUUCACGAAGCUUCCUCUCGAGGUCACGAAAAAAGUGUCGUAUGGCUGGUGAAAUGGGGAGCCCAAAUCAAUGGCGCUGAUAAAGAUCGUCAGACACUGCUUCACGAAGCUUCCUCUCGACGUCACGAAAAAAUUGUCGAAUUCCUGAUGAAAUGCGGAGCCGAAAUCAAUGGCGCUGAUAAAGGUGGUCGGACACUGCUUCACGAAGCUUCCUCUCGAGGUCACGAAAAAAUUGUCGAAUAUCUGGUGGAAUGCGGAGCCGAAAUCAAUCGCGCUGAUAAAGAUGGUCGGACGCCGCUUCACGCAGCUUCUGAAAACGGUCACGAAAAAAUUGUCGAACGUCUACUGAAAUGCGGGGCCAAAAUCAAUGCGUUUGAUGUUAAUAGUCAAACACCGCUUUACGCAGCUUGUUCUAAAGGCCGGGAAAAAGUCGUUGAUUGCCUAGUGAAAAAGGAUGCUAAAAUCAAUAACGCUGAUUGUGUUGGUCGGACACCGCUCUACGCGGCUUCCGAAAAGGACCACGUGAAUAUUUCGGAGCUCUUACUGGAAUAUGGAGCCGAAAUUAAUCUCGCUAAUAUUUUCGGCUGGACACCCCUUUACACGGCUUCUUCGAAAGGGCACGAAAAAACAGUGGACUGCUUAUUAAAAAAUGAAGCUGAAAUCAGUCCCGCUGAUUUUAUGGGUCGAACACCGCUGUACGUAGCAGCUCAAAACGGUCACGAAAGAAUUGUCGAAUGUCUGGUGAAAUGCGGAGCCAAAAUCAAUCACCCUGAUAAAUAUGGUCAGACGCCGCUUUGUGUAGCAUGUUUGUACGAACACACGAAUAUAGAAAAAUUUCUAAUAUCCAAAGGUGCCACAAAUUUGUCAAUUUAAAUUUCUAGUGUGACACUUUUCAGCCAAUGUGGCCAAUUCGAUAAAUCUUUGUUAAUACUGUCUAUAUAUUCUCAAAAGAGACUUUCACAGAAGCAUCGGUUGAGUAAGAUCUCUAUCACUUACUUAAAUUACACCAGAAUAACUAUUAUUUCAGAACCUAUCAUAUAUUUUUCUUUCCACAUAAUAUAUUAAUGGAAUUAUUUACAGAACCUGAACAUUCAGAGCAGUGCUGAUAGUAAUUCAUUUUGUCCUUGCAGUAGGUACUUAGAAACGGAACUUAUUUUCUGAAACGAUUAAAUAAGAUAAAAUGUGGUGUGACUGAGUGCAAAUGAGUUCACCUGUGCAUCUAUAAUAAAUUUUUUAAUUAAAAAAAAAUCCCAUCAAGGAAAAUUGUGGUGUAUUUAUGGGUAGGGUAUUUGUAGAUAUAUUUUACAGAUGAUAAGCACGAUCAACAAAAAACCACUUGAUUGUUGAAAUAAGGUGCAAGUUAAUUCGUGUCGUUAUAAGCGACUAUGCCCAUAAACUUGUGGAUUGGUGGUUACAUAUUUAGUUAUUAAAUUAUUUAAUUUUUUAAUUAGUUGUCAUUGUUUCGCUUUAUAGAGUAGUAAUAACCUAAUAACUGAUUAACUAACUGUCUAGAAGAAAUAUUUAAAUAGCUCCAUAUUUAAUCAUAAUUAAAAAAUGUGUGACUUGUAAUGUAAA